CUGUCUUGAAAAGCAAAACAAAGAGUCAAACAGCCACCUGUGUCUCAGCUGGGUAUAGAUGGCAUCUGACCCUCAGGUGCCAAGAAUACAGGGGAGAGUGAGCUCUGCUUUCACUGGGGAAGGUCAGAGGUCCCAAGGUCAAGGGCCCUAGGCCCUGGGGAUUUUAACUUCUGGAACUGUGAGUUCCCAUUAAAUGAUUUCUUUUAAGUCAGCUGGGCCCUGACCUUUGCCAGUUCUACAGCCUCAGCUGGCCCUGAGGGGAGGGUGGGGCUGGUUGCUAAGGUUUCAGGUGGUGUAGAUCCGGAAGCAGGAAGCAGUGCGAGUUCCAGGAUCCUGGGACUUACCUUGCUUGGGGGAGAGGGCACCACUAGAGGCAGGUGGGGCACUGGAAGCAGCCUUGCUAGGGAGAGAGAAGGUAGCUGAGAUGGGACGGUCUGCUGAUGAGCUGGGGCGGGAGCUGGAGGCCACUGCAGAGGAAGUCCUGGGGAGGCUGAAGAGCCGCCAGCUGUUCCAGUCUGAGUGGGACGUCGCUGCCUUUGCGGUCUUUCUCAUAUUUGUGGGCACUGUGGUGUUGUUGCUGUUACUGGUUGUCGUUCACUGCUGCUGCUGUUGCUGCUGCAGCCCCUCCCCCAGGCCCCGGAAGGAAAAGCCCAAGGGUGUGGAUAACUUGGCUCUGGAACCUUAAUGCCAGACUUUGGCAUGGGUCCUGCUGGAAGACAGUAACAAAGCCAAUGUUUGCCAAA